UGUGAUCUACAUACCCUAGGUACACACUAGUGAUACGCAAUAGACACACUGGUCAGAGUGUGUAGCUGCUUGUAGGUCACCACCAUCUACAUGUAGACUACAACGACAUGUAUGUGUGUGUUGGCCCUUUUAGAUCCGACUUAAUGUUGUUGACAUUUUUAUUGUGACUCAUUGAAAACUAGGGCGAAGACUCACUCAAAGGGAUCUCUACACCAGCUCGUUUAUUUUUCACUUAUGAUUUUGUUAGUAGCUGAAUAUUUUCUUAAGGGCACAGUAUAAGUUUGUUUUGUUACUUCGAAAGUAAACACAAGUCUUUUACCCUAACAUGUGAACAAACUAAAGAGAAUUUACUGACUAGUUUCUUAUUAACAAUGAGUAGACACGAACUAAAGCUGUCACACAGAAGACUGAACGCAGAAUGUCACCUACUCAGAAGCCAGCAUAAAAAGAUGAGACUUCUCUUAACCAGUCUUCAUGAUGGAUACAUUGAACUCUACGCUACCUUUCCACUUCUGAGGUAUGGACAGUUAAAAACUCUGAUUAAAAAAACUGUCACAAGCGAUAAUUUGGAGUUUGUCUAUUCUGUGGCGGACAUCGCAAAUACAGCGGAAACUAAUGAAAGAGUUCGAUUGAAAAGUCUGUUACAAGUAUCUAAAAUAGACUGCAACGAUCCAGACAUAAAAAAUGAAAUCAUGUCUCUUACUGAAGAAGAGCCGAUUAGUAAAACCAAGCAGGCUUUCAGGUUCCUUCUCAAAGCUACAGGAUUUGACUCCGAGCCUAUCGAAGAUGAAGACGUCAUGGAUAAUGAAAACUUACAGAGAAACAUCCGAACAUUGAAGAGAGAUAUCAAUGGGAUGUAUGGCGACUUCAAAGACACUUCAGCAGCUUUCAAAUUAUUGAAGGAGACAUACGAGGACUCCAAAGGAAGCUUGUUUUUUCUAAGAUAUUUUACACUGAAGAGUAACGUGAGGGCUGUUAUACACGAAACCAAAGCAGACACUAACUAUAAGAUUGAUUAGUUUAAGCGGAAAUUAAGACAAACAAAGUGGUAAAAGAAUGGUAAUAUUUCUGAAUCAUUUCCCUGGAGGUCACUCACGUAGAUUAUAUGUCCUUUGUGAUGUUUACAAAAAAAUUCAUCAUCAUUAUCAUCUGUGACCUGUCCCUUGACAUUCUCGUGGCAGUAGAGCUGUGACAGUUCACGUCACCGAGUCCCUCCACUUGACCGGUAAGCAGCUGUUCUUGGAAGAAUAUUUAAAGAGAGGUCGAUCUAUUCCUUCACGUUGCCCAGCCAGCUUAUCCUUGGAAGACCCUUUCUUCCUGCUUCCUCCACUCUACCUUGAAGGAGGACUUUUGACAGCAAGCCUUACAACUUAAUAGAACCAGUCCAGCAUUUGUUUCUUCAGAGUAUUGAAGAGUUCCUCAAUUAAAUUAGCCUCGGCAAUCCAUGACAUGCAUUAAAUUAAAUUAACUAAAUUUUGUUAUGAAGAACUCCACAGAAAUUCUAGUUUCAGACACAUACUUAACCCUUAAGAUGCGUGUGGUAGUUUAGCCUCUAAACGUGAACAUAGUAAUUUCCUUUUGUAUGUCUUCGUGUAAAACAGCUAAGCACUUUAAGAGUUAAAGAAAAACUACUUAAAAGUUUAAAAAAAAGCUAACAACCAUUCCAUUUCCUGUUAUUGUGUUUCUGUAUUUACUUUUUUAAAUGAUUGCAAACACAGACGUUAGAUGUAUGUGAAAUGUUAACCUUAUGGAAAGCUAAUAGACAUACAUAAAGGAAACCUGAUGGACCAAAGCGAAAAGACAAGUCUUUUAAGACCGUUGUUGGCUAUUGUGUCAAAAUACAACAAAUGACCAUACGUUGGUUCACACUUGGAGAUAUGUAGAUCCAGCAAAGUUUCCCUUUGUGUAAGCUUGUGUUGAUUGCAACUUGAUUUACUGAGGUUCACCUCUGUAUCGGUAAAUCUUUAUAUCUUUAAAUAUUUACUUUAGUAAAAACUAUUUUUGGUGCUCUUGUUUUUGUUCUAUGCACUUGUAUAUGUACCUAUUACAAUUGUAAGAUAAUCCAAAAGAUAUAAAUACAUAUAGACGAAUCUUGUGAAAUUAAUGUAUAUCUUAUGUAAUAAAUAAAGGAACGUGUCAACUUAUGCUUAA